ACUGCUGUGACCUGCCGGGACCGCCAGAGCUGUGCGCAUCCACAGCCAGCAGAGAGAAGCUCGCCAUGGAGUGGAGAGAAAAUUCAGAUGCUACGUGUGAUUUAGCGUUUUCCGAAGCACAAAGAUGGGUUGAGGAAGUUACCGGCAAAAGCUUUGGAAAUCAGGACUUCCGCUGUGCUUUGGAAAAUGGUGUACUGUUGUGCGAUUUAAUUAACAAGAUCAAACCUGGGAUCAUCAAAAAGAUCAAUCGCUUGUCCACACCUAUUGCUGGCUUGGACAACAUCAAUGUUUUCUUGCGCGGCUGCGAAAAACUUGGAUUAAAAGAAGCUCAACUUUUUCAUCCUGGGGAUCUACAGGAUUUAUCGAACAGAGUCACAGUCAAACAAGAAGAAACCCACAGGAGGUUAAAAAAUGUUUUGAUCACUUUAUACUGGCUUGGCAGAAAAGCACAGAGUUACUUGUAUUAUGAGGGCCCGCAUCUUAACCUAAAGGCUUUCGAAGGCUUAUUGGGACAAACUCUGACCAAGGCUCUUGAAGAGUCCAGCACCUUAAAACGAAGUGGGAGAGAUAGCGGUUGUGGUGAUUUGUGGUACAGCGAAAGAGGAGACGUUUUCUUUCCCGCUACAGUUCACAAAAGGGACGAUUCCUGGGAUAGCUUGGACUCGUUUGGUUCGAGGUCUUACACAAGCUUUUCAUCGGAUACAACCCUUAAGGGGAGCAGCGAGGGUGGAGAAAGCGACACCGAGUCUGAACAAACAUACGCAAUGCAGGAUAUAAAGAAAGAUGACAUGUCCUACCGGAGGAUAUCAUUAUUGGAACCCAAAGGAGCUGGCAAUUUCAAUCAGUUCCUGCCAAACAAAUCCCGGCCUCCUGGUUACAUACCAGCACCUCUAAGGAAAAAACGAGUAGACAAAAAUGAAGACAACCGAAAGAGCUGGGCAAGCCCUGUCUUCACAGAGUCUGAUGGCACCUUCUCAAGCAGUUCAGACUCAGAAGAUGGUGGGAAGUUGCCCGACCUGGUACUUGACGAUUUAGCGAAACGAAAGUUUCAUAUGGACAGCAGACCCUCCGUUCUUGCUGUCUCUGAGCCUCUUCUCAUUUCUCAUACUGCUUCUCAAAAUACCUCUUUAAAACAUAAUGUUCCAGCACCCCCACAGAAAGGACCCUGCAGCCAAGACAGAAAUGUGAAAACACAAAGUGAUACAGCAUUGGAAGAACGUGAAUAUACCAUCUACACUUCGGAUGAAGAAGAUGACUUUGCUAGAAACUAUCCAAACCUUGUGGCGGAUGAUUUCUAUGUUAGGAAGGUCAACUUAUCUUCCCUCCAUUUAAAGACUCCUUGCGGCAAUUUUGUCCCUAAGUUUUCUACACAAGAAGAUGAAGGACAACAGAAAAUAAUCCGACCAGGGAUUCGUGCUAGACCGUGGUACAAUGAGUUUCAGGGAUUCAGUAAGCGAUCUGAAGAGGACUGUUUAUCAGCGUUUGGCCUAGGAUCGGUCUUAAAGUUGGAAAGUGAUGUGGAAUUGUGCAAGAAAGAGAUGUCACAAUCCGGCAUGCACGCAACCCCUAAAGAUAAGACCGCUGAGGGAAUGGACAACAACGAAAAGCCAAGUCAAUUUUUAUUGCUCCAGGCAUUACAAAAAAUAUCUUCAGAUGUAUUGUCAUCUGACUGUAAAUCAAAAACAGACCCUACAUCUGGCCCUAGACUUGUGAGUGGCCAUCAAUAUCUGUCACAUGCCCAAGCAAAUCAACCGGAAGAUGGCGUUGGAAGUGUCUUACCAGACCUUGAAAAUGAUGACUUGUUUGCAAGAAAAACAGGGACAUUUCAUCUCAACCAAGUUGUUAAUCUUGGAACGCCGUUGGCUCAAAUGUGGGAAUUGGAGAAAGAUAUAAUCCUUCAGGAAAAGCAAGAUGAUUCUGAGCUUCCAGAUUUAUUGAAGGAUGACAUGACUGUUCGCAAAACUCAAACCGAACCUAAGGAGGUCCGCAUUUCUGGUGCGCCUGACCAUUAUCAUCCAGUGCCUUUUCCAGAGCCAUGGACUCUACCUGAAGAAAUUCAGUCCAAAUUCCUUUGCGUGGUAAAGAAAGCUCCAGAAUUGGGUGUUAAUUGUGGCAGGGUGAUUAAACCCUCUGAAAAACUGAAAAAAGAUGACAUGCUGACUAGAAAAGUUAAUUUAUUACAAGGAUCCAACAUUAACAAGAAGCCAAAAGACUUUGUUUCCGGCCCCUGUAAUGAAGAAGACUUAAAGAAGUGGGAGUCCAUUAGGGAGGCCAGUAAAAUACGGCACAAGAAAAGGCAGCUGGUUGAAAGACUGCGUGAAAAGCUUUCCAUAAAUGACGGGAGCAAAUCAUUGGAAAAUUUCAGUGCAGAGGAACUUCAGAGCCUUAAACAAAAUCGCUUUGAAGAGCUGCAGAAGUUUAAAAGUCAGAUACAGGAACAGGAUCAAAAGUGGCAAGAUGAUUUAGCAAAAUGGAAGAAUCGCAGGAAAAGCUACACAUCAGACCUUCAGAAAAAAAAGGAGGAACGCGACGAGCUGGAGAAAAUUGCAAAUGAAGGCCCUGAAAGAUCAUACAAAACCUUCAGAGAAAUGCGUCAGGAGAGGGAGAGCAGAGAUCUUGAAAAUGUCUACAACGAUCAGCACCAGGCAGACCACAGGAGGUUGUAUUCCUCAAAUGAUGAUGUCUUUAGUGAUGUGACAGGCCUUUCAAAAAGGGCGCUGGAGAAAAGUUAUACAAUAGAUGUGCCAUAUGCAAGAAAAACAGACACUACCUUGCAUGCCAAUCAGAAUACCGAAAAGCAGGAAAGAGACAGUGAAGCAGUUCAGCCUAAAGCACUCCCCGCAUCCACCAACUAUGAUGGAGAUGCCUCCUACACGUCAAAGACCAGCAACGCUUACACCGUUCUGAAUACUCAGACGUCAGAAAAAGAUGAGCCAAAGCUACCCUCUAAGACACUGUCUGAAAAAAGUUACACUGUUGAUCUUGAUGCACCUUCUACAUAUAAUGUCAUUAACUCAAUAAAGACCUAUGAAAAGCAAGAGCGUUCACCGACCGUAGAUUCAAGCCUGCUGGUCCAGCAGCCAACACACAGUACUCUGACCACAGAGCACAGAUCAGUUCGCGUUUCUGCAUCUUUGCCAAGGAGUUACCAGAAAACGGACGCCUCAAGACUAUCAUCAGUGGUCGCUCCUAGACCUUUUGGUCAACACUCAAGAGGAAGCACCGCACUUACCAAAUCCUACACGCUGGAUGAUUCUCGGAAAUACAAUGGGGAUCUGAAUGUGCCAAAGAUCGGUUCAACAUUCAACACCUAUUUUAAAGCUGAGGGGGCUAAACCCACCAGUUCUGUCCAAAGUGAAGAUAACACAGAUGUGGGAAAAGAGAACCUGAGAAGGAGCCCUUCACCAAGACCCGUUAUCCUGGAAAGUCAGCAAGAGAAGCCUACAAUUUCGGAAUCGGUUGCUGUCAUAUCUUCUGCCUUAUCAAAAGACUUCCAACAGAAUAGGAGUACAGGCGCUCUGGACCAGUACAGUGACAUGAGAAUCAGCAUUAACCAGAAACCGGGAAGCAGCAAUGACUUUGGGUUUAAAACUAAUUGGAAUAGUGCUGGGGUUUUUGUAACAUCUGUCGAUAGAGGGAGUCCAGCAGAGUUCUCUCAGCUGCAUGUAGACGAUGAAAUUCUAUCUCUCAACGGCACAAAGGUUUCCUCCAUGGACUACAGCGAAUGGAGGGAAGCCAUGGAUAGUGCUCUAGAAACUGGAAACCUAACAAUAGAUGUCAGGCGAUACGGCAAGAAUGACUGGUGCAGAGACCCACCUUCCCUGUCAUACAAAAGCCAUAAAACCCUCAAUCUGACCAGUAUGGAUACCAACAUUUUAGGUUCUCCUGAAAGUAAAAGGAUUGACACAAGCACGACAAGAUCUUCAAAUACAACACUGCAAAAUGACACCCCUGACUUUGGACGUCUCAAAGAGGCACGACAGGUGAAUGGAUUACAAGCUGAGCCUAGUUCCAAACAAAAAGACACUGAGCCUAUUUCAUUGAAAAACUAUAAAAGGAGGUCACAAUUUUUUGAGCAAGGGAGCCCGGACUCUACAGUUCUUGAUGUGACUGUGCCGACUAUGAAUGCUUCAACCAGAUGGUCAUGGGAUCCAGAGGAAGAAAGAAAACGGCAGGAAAAAUGGCAUAAGGAGCAAGAGCAACGGCUUCAGGAAAAAUAUAGACGAGAACAAGAAAAGCUUAGAGAAGAAUGGGAGCUAGCACAAAAGGAAGCGGAUCAGGGCAGAUCACAUCAAGUGGACGAGGAAUAUACAAUUCUAAAAUCAAGUACCAGCGUUACAUCACAUGAGCCUGUGCUGUCUUACUGGAGGACAGGGGCAUCUGACGAUCUUUUCAGCAGUGAAAGGGAGAACGCAGAACAAGAAAGACAGAAAGAGGAAGCUGAACGUCUUAGAAAAGAGAGAGAAGAAGAAGAAGAAAGAUUGCGUUAUCUUGAAGAACAGAGGCGUCAGGCGGAGGAGGCAGAAAGACAAGCUAAAGAGGAAGAAAGGAGACGUCGAGCCAGAGAAAUUGAAAGAAAGCAGCAAGAGGAAGAACAGAGGAAAAGAGAAGAGGAAAUAGCACAUCGUAAAAGAACAGAAGAAGAAGAACGUCAGAGAAGAGAAGAUGAGCAGAGGCGUAAAGAAGAGAGUGAAAAUCUCCAACGGACAUACAUGAGAACCAAUUACACAAGGUUUUCCAAGAAUUUUGAUGAGCCAGACUAUAGCAGUCAAAGCAUAGUCAAGGAUUCUUCAGAUUCCAAGGAAUAUCCGACACAUGGAAAUGGUGAUUACGUAAAGCCGUCUUACGGUUUUGCAAACUGGGUGACUGAAGAUGAACAAACCAGAAAACCAAGCACAAGGAUACAGCCAAGUAGCUUCACCUCAGAAGCAGAAGUCCAGAGAAAACAAACUGUCACGCAGAUGCGACAUUCUUACGAAAGCAGAGGGGAGCAGGAUUUGGAUGACACCAGGAGUGAGGGAGAGUCUCGACAAAGCUUAUACAAGGAUCAAGGGCAGAGUGGUGCAGAGCUGGAGAGGCAGCGGAUCAUUCAAGAAAUGAGAAAGAAGGCCCCCCUUCAUAAUGACAACAGCUGGAUCAGACAGCGCAGUUCCAGCGUUACUAAAGAUACAUCAUCUGUUCCAAGUUUUAUGAGAAGGGGGGACUCUUUGGAUAACUUAGACUCCACAUCUGGUUCUUGGAGACAAUCUUCUUGGGCGAAUCAGUCUGGUUCACACAACUCCUUGUCAUCUAGUCAAGACUUUGGUCGUCCUUCUUCUCAAGUCGUUUCCACUUCAAACCGCAACUACUUGCGCAACCCAUCCUCCAGUCUGCAGCAGACCUCAUCAGGCUCAGUCAGAAGCGCAUCUCUUUCGCAAUCAUCUGUGUCUUCUAGUUUGCCUCGGACACAGGCCUCCACACAAAUGUCUAAUCAAACGCGAAGCAAGUCAGUGAGCGGCAAGAAGUUGUGCUCAUACUGUAAUAACAGUUUGGGCAAAGGAGCAGCCAUGAUCAUCGAAUCUCUUGGUCUUUGUUUUCAUUUACAUUGUUUUAAGUGUGUUGCCUGUGAAACAGACCUUGGAGGCAAGCAGUCCGGAGCUGAAGUCCGAAUCCGUAACAAUGAUCUGUACUGCAACAGCUGCUACAUCAAAUUCAAAUCUGGACAGCCAACAGCCAUGUGAAAACAUCAUCAAUGCUGAACCACUUCUACAAAUUGCAGAAGAGGAUGGAUCAGACCAGGAUGUGAAUGUCUAAGAGCCAUGUGUUAUCUAUCACAUAGGACAUAGUAAUUGCCUUUUCUUUUGUGUUGUAUUUAUAAGAAGGUAAUUCUCUUUCAGUGUUCUGAAUGUCUGAAUUCAGUAUGUAAAAAGACAGCUUUUAUUAUUAAUUUUUGAACUAUUUCUGAGUCUUUCAGCUGUUGUGAGUUUCCAAGGGUGUCUGAAUGGGUUGUUUUUUGUUUAAGAAAAAAGCUAUUUAAAGUUUAAUAAUGCAUUGACUAUCGCUGCCUUAUUCUCUGUUUGUGACACUAUAAGGUCCACAAAACAAAAUGACGUUAAAUUGAAAUGCACUCUAACUUUAUAUUUUGCUUCCAUAAUACAUGUGAAGAUCUAUAAACCAAAUGGAGGUGUUUACCUGCUUUGCGGUGAGGGUUAGGAAUGCAACAAAUUCUGACUCGCUUUCCUGGAAAAAUCUUGCAGAAAUCAAGCAGUAGAAAAAAAAAAGAUCUCCAUUAAUGUUUUGCAAAAUUGUUGAGGAAAUGUUUAUUUUCCAAAAAAAACGAUUUCUGUAACUAAAUAUUAUAUUUUCUGAUUUACUUUUGUAAAUAAAAUUAUUGUGCCUGCA